AUGAACUUGUCAAAGCGUCUGGCUCUUUCAGGAGCUCAAUCCGCGUUUUCCAUGGCUAGACCUCGAGGCUUCGGCUCCUCAAUCGGCUUCAUCGAUCGUCGUCCUUUCCCUUACCGGCAAAUUUCCGAGCUCACUGAAGCCAACGGCGAACGUGCUGUUAUCGUCGACAAAUUGGCGAAGGUUAUGGACGCCGGAAAAGCAGAAGCACUCGCCGGCGCCAUCACCAAUACUAUCGAAAUGGCCAAGGAGGAUGUUAGAAGACAUUGUGAGGAGAGUCAUUCGGCUUUUGUUGCUAAAGAGUGUGCUAGACUGAGAGUGGAAUUGGCUAAGUACCAUGGAAUGGUGAAUGAGAUGCUAGCUAAGCAGAGGUGUGAGGAUGCUAUCGCCAUGAACGAGAUUGAGAAGGACAUUAUCAGAAAGAAAUUCGAUCUUCACAAGGAACUUUCACAGCUCAGAGUUCAGUACUAUUCAGGAAAGCUUCAACUUCUGAAGUAUGGGAUGGUGUCAUUUGGGUGCUUGGCAGCAAUUGGAGUCAUUGGUUUUGCUUGA